AUGGAGGUCCGAGACGUGAAGACGAUGAACAGGAUCGAUGUGCACUCGCACAUAACUGGGCUUGGAUGUGAUGCGAAUGGAGAUGGGCUUGGAUAUGAUUGUGACGGGCUUGUUGGGCAGCAGGCAGCGAGAAAGGCGAUGGUGCUGGUGAAGAAGAUGGUUGAAUGCAACGGCGGGGGCAGAGUUGUGCUGAUAAAGGGCGAGCGAGGAACAGGAAAGACGGCGCUGGCAAUAGCACUUUCGAGAAGCCUUGGCGGCGUGUGCAUGAACUCGAUCAGUGGAACAGAGAUAUACAGCCUUGGGAUGAGCAAGUCUGAGGCAAUUAUCCAAGCGCUGAGAAAGGCGGUCGGGCUAAGGAUCAAGGAGUAUGUGAAGGUGAUCGAGGGGGAGGUUGUGAGCCUAAGCGGGCAGCGAAUAGUGCUGAAGACAACAGACAUGGAGUCGUCGUUUGAUAUUGGCGAGAAGAUGAGAGCAGAGCUUGACAGAGAAAGAAUAAGCACUGGAGAUGUCAUAAGGAUAGUGAAAGAGCAAGGGCGAGUGUACAAGAUUGGAACAAGCACAGUGAGGAAAGGCGAGGCUGUUGGGAUCGACACAAGGUUUGUGCCGUGCCCGGAUGGUGAGCUAAUGAAGAUCAGAGAAGAGGUGCAGGAUAUAUCGCUGCAUGAUGUCGAUGUUGUCAACAGCAAGGCCGAGGGAUAUCUUGCGCUUUUUAGCGGGGAGACAGGCGAGAUCAAGCCUGAAACACGAGAUGAGGUGAAUAGAAAGGUGUGGGGAUGGGUGAACGAGGGCAAGGCCGAGAUAGUACGUGGAGUGCUGUUUAUUGAUGAGGUUCAUAUGCUUGAUAUCGAGAGUUUUUCGUUUCUGAACAGGGCGAUUGAGGAAGACUUCUGUCCUGUGAUCCUGGUGUCCACGAAUAAGAAGGAAAGCAUAGUCCGAGGCAGUAGUGAGAAGUGUCCUUACGGCAUUCCAAGAGACUUUGUUGACCGUGCACUGAUUAUUUCUACAGAGAGCCACACAGUAGCAGAUCUUGCUGCAAUUAUCAAGCACAGGAUGAUCGAGGAAGAUGUUUCUGUUGAUGAGGAUGCAUUUGACAAGAUUGUUCAUAUAUCUGGCGUGUCUGGGCUCAGGCAUGCAAUGAACCUACUGACCAUUUCUGGGUUGAGAGCAGCAAAGCGAGGAGGAAAGGUGGGCAUCAAUGAUGUGAAUAGGGUUGCUGAGCUAUUCCCUGCGCUUUGUAUGACUGAGUAA